UUGUUCGUUUGAAAUUCUCGCAGCCAAUCCACAUUCACUCAUAAUUUGUGGCUUCAGAAUUGCUAUUAGAUUUCCCUCCUCCACCCUACAAGUCCAACUUCCUCUAAAAAAUUCCCCUUCCAUCUCACAAACGCAUAACUCUGCACUCCACUUCAAUAUAUAGUUAGUUGCCUUUCCCGCCAGCUUUCAAGUGUGAAUCGUUCUUCAAUGGAGCGGUUUUAUUCUUCUCAACGAGAGAGCAUUCUUUUAGGGUAUAGUAAUGACAAUAAUAAUUCUCUAAUUCAAGGGUCGAACUUGGAGGUUGAUUUCACCGACGUGUUUGGGGGGCCGCCGCGGCGGUCGUCGGUGAAUGAAGUGCGGCAGAGUGUGGGUGAGUUUAGUGAAGAGGAAAGAGGUUGGUGUAGGUGGCCGCCGGAGCGUGAGAAACCGGUGUUUGGGGAGGAUAGUGGAAACCGGAGACGUAAUCACAGCGACUUCUUCGAUGACAUAUUCGGAGGGGAGGAAUCAGCGAGCGUGUGUUCCACGCCAAAGAAGCGCGUUGGGGACGCUUUCGCGUUGUCCCGAGUAUCCAGCCCUCUGCCUCCUGCGGCUGAUCCCGUUUUUGGCUCUCUCCCUGCAACCUUCAGCCUUCCUGCCAAAUUGACAAAUGGAGCGGACCUUCCAACAUUUGGUUCCCCCACUAGGAGUAGGAACCUCCUCAACAACAUCAACGAUGGCAUUGUUGCUUCAAAUGGAUUAAAACCUUACCGACAAAGUCUUUUAUCACAGGAGUUUUCAAACUCGAGCACAUUUGAUAAAACAGACAAAGGAAGCAUUAUGAAACAAGACAUAUCUAUUAGUGAAGUUUUGCCUAGUGCUAGUAAUGGCCAGUUCCAUUUCUCAAUAUACAAAUGGGCAAGUAAAGGGGUGCCAAUGGUGAUGCCUCUUAGGACAGAGAGAAACUCAAGGAAUAAAGAUAAGGCUAAACUUGAGAGAUGCUCAGGUGCUAAGGAAUGGAUAGUCAGUGAAAUUACCACACAGAAUCCUAUAGAAUACAAUAGAAAACAAGAUUCCAAUCAGAUUGUAGAACAAAUAGUUUCUGCCAAAACUCAAUUAGAUACAUCAACCAGCCCUCAAACUGUUAGUAAAGAUGUUCCUGCUAGUUCUAUCUCACGUGACACUAGAGAAGUAGAAUCAAGUAUUCGUUCUACAAGUGAUAAGAAGCUUGAGCCCAAACCAUUACAGUUUCUGUUCAAAGAAAGUGAUAAGAAACAAGAUAAUGAUGAGAUGAUUACAAGGGAGAGAGAAGAAAACAGGAUGAUGAAAAGCACAAAAAAGUCGUCUGCUGUUUUUGAUGUUACCGUGAAUCCAAUGAAACAAGAAGAAAAGGCAGUUCCCUUGAGAGAUGUAGGACGUAGCAAAGCCACUUCCCAGGGUUCGGUAAGCUUAGGCGAAAAUUUGGGGAAAGGCCUAGUGAAAGGAAAGGUCAAAGAAUUUGCUCGAAUUUUCAACCAAGAAGCUGUAAAUAAACCCAAAGUUGACUCCAAAUCUCAACCUCAGGGUUCUACAUACAAGAAGAGAGAUGCUUUAAGGACAAAGAAUGAAGUGGAAGCUGGUCCAGAACAACCCAAGAAGGAUAACUCCGUCACAGAGACCACCAACAUCUCUGCUAAUAAUUUGUUUCAUCAAGAUGAUAUAUCAGAACCAGAAAUUCCUGAUAUAUCAUUUACCGUUAUUGGAGAUAAAGACGAGUCCUUCCCUGGGAGUUUCAUGAUACAAGUAUUAGCCCAAGAUGAGGGUGAGGUCUUACAAACCCAAAAAAAUCAAGAAAUCCAAACAAUUGACAACAAGAUAAAACAAUGGUCUAAAGGGAAGGAAGGAAACAUACGCUCCCUGCUAUCGACAUUACAAUAUGUACUUUGGCCGGAGUGCGGAUGGAAGCCUGUGCCUCUUGUUGAUAUAAUUGAAGGGAACGCAGUUAAAAGAUCUUAUCAAAGAGCUUUACUCUGUCUGCAUCCAGACAAGUUGCAACAAAAGGGUGCUUCUUCAGACCAAAAAUAUAUUGCAGAAAAAGUUUUUGAUAUUUUACAGGAGGCAUGGACUCAAUUCAAUAUGCUCGGUGCACUCUAAUUUUGCCAAUAAUACCAUUAUUGAGUAAAAGCUCCUAUUGAUUCCUUGUUGGAAGCUGGCUGAUAUUAAAAAAUUAAAAACAUAAAAACCUUGUGGGAAGCUGCCCUCCAUAGACUUUCAAUAAGGGGAUAGAUCUUGUUCUUAUCAGAAGUGCAAGUGUUACUUCAUAUAGUUGUAGCUAAUUUCAUUGUAAUUGUGAUGUAAUAUAAGUGGUUGGGUCCGCAACUAUGUAAUUUUCUUGUCUGGUAUACACCAGUAUUUUGUGCAAGUGUUACUUUUGUUUAUAUAUAUAUAUAUACAGCCUACCGUCUGUGUGUAUAUCA